GGUUGACUGGUCCAUUUUAUUCAUCCUGUAACAUAGCUGACUUAUUUGUGUGUGUCUUUACUGAUCCUGUACAGUACUUUCCCCUUAAUUUCAAUAGUAAAUCAUUAACUGGUACCUGAAAGUUACUACAGUCUCUGUGACAGGUGGAGAGCCUGCAGCAUAAGACCAACAGACGUCCUAAUAAUGUGCAGUCUGCUGACACUGGAUGCCUGUAAACACUAGAGAUGAAGGAGCUAUGGGUUAUGGUUGUCUUUGCUACAGUCUCUUUAUCACAGGGGGAUCUCACCAUAUCAUCUGCCAUUCCAACCACCAUUGACAUAACUACCCCAACUACUACUGCUCCUAUAACCUCUGACCCUCCAACUAGCGCUCCUCCAACUACCGACACGCCAACUACUGAUAAUCUAACUACUGACAGUUCAACUACCGACACGCCAAAUACUGAUAAUCGAACUACUGACACUCCAACUACCGACACUCCAACUACUGAAUACACUGCAGCUACUACUGGUCAUCCAACUACUGGUUACCUAACUACUACUGGUCAUCCAACUACUGGUUACCUAACUACUACUGGUCUUCCAACUACUGGUUACCCUACCUCUAUCCCUAUCACCAGUAUCAGUCUCCCCACCAUCUCUACCAACACCACCAACACAUUUCUCACAACCUCUACCAACACCUAUCCUACCAUCUCUAACACCACCACCACCUCUCCUACCACCUCUCCCACCACGUCUAACACCACCUCCACCACCACCUCUCCCACCAUGUCUAACACCACCUCUCCCACCACGUCUAACACCACCUCCACCACCACCUCUCCCACCAUGUCUAACACCACCUCUCCUACCACCUCUACCACCACCACCUCUCCCACCACAACCCCUCUGGACUGUAUCAACGGUGGUGAGCUGCAGAGUGGAGUCUGUAUCUGUCCUGAUGAGUGGACUGGAGAGACCUGUUCAGAGGGGAAUUCCUGCAAUUCCACCAUCAUUGGUGAUUUUUCCUUCCCAAGAACAACGGUUGCCUGGUCUGCUUAUUCAGAAGAGUUGUGUGAUGAGAAGACAAUCAGUGCCGGUUUACCAAGAGCCUCAGCAAGAUGUUUGAAUGACACUGGCUCUCCGAUGUUUGGUCCUCCUCACGAGCUGCAGUGUGAAUUAACCCUCAGUGACAUUCAAGGAAAUAUCUCCAGCAAUUCAGGUGAUUUACUACAGUUAGCCUUCAGUACUCAGAUCUUGACCUCCCAACCAGAGCGGCUGUCAGCUGACAACAUCACCACUGCAGCUCAGAUCGCUAACACACUGCUUCUGUCUGCAAAUAUCACAGAGGACAUCGCAGUGGCAGCUGUAACUACCAUCAGUCAGCUGCUGAAUGCCAGUGAGGAGAGUACACAGGAGAGAGACGCUGUCCAAAACCUCACAGAGACCCUGGAGAUGUUUUCCCUGGACCAGCACAGUAAUGUGUCCUUGGUGGUUCAGCCCAACCUGGCAGUCCAGUCUGUCCAAGUACCAAGUGACUCAGUAGGGAUCCAGUUUACUGCUCUGACUGGAAGAUCUGGUAAUUUUGUGGCCAACAGAAUUCAUCUCAAUACCAAUACCUCUGAACUGAUAGCUGACAAAGGAGGUUCUACCGAUGUCCAGAUUGUCAUGAAAUUCCCACCAGUUUUACGUAGUAAAAACACAAACUACUCCAUUGGUUUUGUGCUCUACCAAAACGACCGGUUCUUCAGGUCCAGGGCUUUCAGAGCUUCUUCAGGAACCAGGAGAAGGGUCAUCUCUGCUAACCUGGGACAAGUGUCUGGGUUACAUGUUGAGAUGCUCUUCAAGCCCACAGCUGUUCCCAACACCUCCCUCUAUGACUUUGCCUGCGUGUGGUGGAACUACACGUUGAAAGACUGGAGCACCUUUGGCUGCUACAAAGUCAACCACUCAGAAGACGGCCUGCAAUGUUGCUGUAAUCACACCACUAACUUCGCUGUGCUGAUGUCAUUCAGGAGGGAUUUUAAAUACGCUGAAGCACUAAACUGGAUCACCAUAUUGGGAUGCUCCAUGUCCAUCAUAGGGUUGAGUUUAACAAUAACAUUCCAGAUCGCAACCAGGAAAUCACGCAAAACCAACCCAACGGUCCUCUUAGUGAGUGUCUGUAUGUGUCUCCUGAUCUUCACCCUGCUCUUCAUGUUGGGAGUGGACAACCCUCAUAAACAGCUGGACAAACCUGAAAUACAGGAGGACAACGUUCUCCCCCCAUCCGACAAACACACAGAGCGGGACAGGGGGCCUUGUACUGCAGUGGCGGUCCUGCUGCAGUACUUCCUGUUGGGGACAUUCACCUGGAACACGCUGUUCGCCACACAUGUCUUCCUGAUGAUCAGAAACAGCCUGGCCACCAGCCCGUCACACUUCACAGCCUAUACCGUGGCCAUCGGAUGGGGACUGCCUGCGGUUGUGGUGGCCCUCACCUUAGGAAUUAGUUACAGAGUGGAUGAUCCACUGGGUUACAGGCAGGAGGAAUUCUGCUGGCUUGCUGCCCUCGAUCCAAAGGGGAACUUUGAUUUCAAGCUGCCAAUGUUUUGGGGGUUCCUGAUACCUGUGGCAUUCAUGCUUAUCUUCAACACAGUGGUGUUGAUAUGUUUUGCAGUUACAACAGGCAAGACCAACCCAAAUUUAACCAGUACAAGACACACAUCGAUGAAGAAGAAGUUCCUCAGUAGCUUCUCUCUGGCUGUGGUGCUCGGUCUCUCCUGGAUCCUGGGCUAUCUGUUGCUCAUUACACAGAACCAGACCAUGUACACCAUACUCAACAUCUCCUUCUGUGUUCUCACCACCACUCAGGGCUUGCAGAUUUUCAUUCUGUUCACAGCAAGAACAUCAAUUGUCAAGAAAAUUAUGGCAGAUGCUUUGAAAUCUGUCUCUAGUGUUGAGAUCCCACUUCACAUCAAGAGGUUCAGUCUAUGGCGAGACGAGCGCAGAGAAAAGGUAGAAUCAUACACACAGCUGGAGACUGAUCUGUCAACACAGCUGGAGACUGAUCUGUCAACACAUUAACCCUUUAACUGCCACAUCAGUUUUAUUCUGAAAAAUAUGUGUAUUUAGUCUUAAUAUAGGCCAUACAUGAUUUGUUUUUGACUGCUAACAUCUCAACCAGCCUGUUCAGUUGCCCAAUUAGGUUAAACUAGUUAUGUAUUGGAUUUUACAUAUGCUGAAAAUUAAUUAAAAUUAAUUAAUUAAUUAAAGUCAUGUCUGCCUCAGUUACUUAUAAUGGAAUGGAAGACAGGCCAAGA